AAAGAUGUCGUUAAAAUUUGACCAAUUUUGUGGAAAUUCAUUUUGGGAUAAUAACUUGAGUUGGAAUACGAAUAGUCCGGAACUCACAGAAUGUUUCAAUAAAACAAUUCUGGUUUGGAUUCCGUUUAUAUUUUUACUACUAUUCAGUCCAAUACUCAUCCGAGUGCUCAUCAAAAGUAAUCAAACAAUUGCUUGGAAUUAUUAUAAUAAAAUUCGGCAAAUAGUGGCCACUGUUUCGGUGAUUAUAGCAAUUGCUGAAUGUGUGGCUGUUGUAGUCAAACACAAUGACGACAGUCUCGACAACGACACGAUUGCUUCCGCACCCGAUAUUAUUGCAACAAUUGUCCGCUUAAUAUCAGCGUUAGUUUUAUUUGGUAUACUUUGGGCUCAAGUAAAAUGUGGUAUUCAUACAAGUGGUGUCAUUUGGUUUUAUUUGUGUUUAGCUGUUAUAUGUAACGCACCGACACUUCACGGGAAUAUCUAUUGGCAUCGGACACCAGUUCAUGAAUUCAUAUUUUUUUGUAUACAAUAUUUGCUGACAAUUGUUUUAUUUGUCAUUUAUUGUUUUGCUGAUAAAUUACCAAAAAACAAUAAUAAUGAUAACAAAAUUUAUGACAAUAAUGAUGACAUCAGUGAAGACAAGCCUAAGGAAUGUCCUAAAGAUAGCGCUUCCUUUCUGUCUCGACUACUCUUCUCUUGGUUUACAUCACUGGCAAUACAGGGCUGGAAAAGUCCGCUCACAGUUGAAAACUUAUGGCAGAUAAGACACGGAGACAAAAGUUUUACUAUUUAUUCAUUAUUUAACAAUCAUUGGCUAUCAUUGGAAGCAAAACUUAAACAAAAAACAACAUAUAACUCAUCGCAACAGUUGAAAACCAAUUCAGACAAUAAUAGUAUCAAAAAUAAUGACAAUCAAAAUGAUUAUAAGAUUACAUCUAAAACUAAGGAUAGAGACGAAACCAAACAUAAGGACAAAAGUGACGACAAACGGAAAGCAAGUGUCGGUAUUCUGCAGACUAUGUACCGGACGUUUUGGUUUUACUUUAUUGCCGGAGCUUUCUUUAAACUUAUUAAUGAUGUAUUGACUUUCAUUAGUCCACAACUGAUGAGUAUUUUAAUGUCAUAUAUAAAAAACAAAACAGAAGAGACGUGGCACGGAUACCUCUAUGCAAUCCUAUUAUUUAUUAAUACAAUGUUUCAGGUCUUAUCAUUGAACUAUUAUUUCAACCGAAUGAUGGUUAUUGGUAUGAGAAUUAGGACCUGUUUGGUGGCAGCUAUUUAUAGAAAGUCAUUGCGAUUAUCAAAUACUGCUAAAACUGAGUCAACAACUGGAGAAAUAGUAAACCUGAUGGCAGUGGACGCGCAAAGAUUCAUUGAAAUGACUCAAUUCAUUAAUUUGAUUUGGUCCGCACCUCUUCAGAUUGUUUUAGCUGUUUAUUUCUUAUGGCAAGAAUUAGGUAUUUCAGUAUUAGGAGGAUUGGCUGUCAUGGCAUUUAUGGUACCUAUUAAUGGAUAUCUGACAAAAGUUUCAAAGAAACUACAAAUUAAACAAAUGAAACUAAAAGACGAAAGAGUCAAAGCUAUGAAUGAGAUAUUAAGUGGUAUUAAAGUACUUAAACUUUAUGGUUGGGAACAGGCGUUUAUGGACGACAUACUGAAGAUUAGAAACAAAGAACUAAGAAAUUUACGAACAAUUAAUUAUAUCGGCUGUGCUUUAAUGAGUCUUUGGAUGUGCGCCCCUUUCUUCGUGUCUUUUAUAACGUUUGCUAUUUAUGUAUUGAUGAGUCCCGACAAUGAACUGACCGCUCAAAAAGCAUUUGUAUCGCUCGCACUCUUUAAUAUAUUGAGAUUUCCGUUAUCAAUGUUACCAUAUUUGGUCACUAAUAUAAUUUUGACAAGUGUUUCAGUAAAGCGUUUGAAUAAGUUUUUAAACGCACCCGAACUCAGUGGUUACGUUCAGCGGGAGUUUAAUAACAAUAAUGCAGUUGAAGUCAAUAACGGAUCAUUUAGUUGGAAGAAAGCAAUCAAUGAAUCCGAUGACUGCCAGACAAUACUUCACAGACUUAACAUUGAAAUCAAGAAGAAUUCAUUUGUGGCAAUAGUUGGUUCUGUCGGCUCCGGUAAGAGUUCAUUAUUAAGUGCACUGUUGGGUGAUAUGGAAAUACAAGACGGAUCAGUAAACAUCUGUUCCUCACAGAAAAUAGCAUACGUUCCACAACAGGCUUGGAUUCAAAACUCUAGUCUUAAAAAUAAUAUAUUGUUUGGCAAUAGUUUUGAUGAAAAGAGAUAUAAACAAGUGAUUGAUGUCUGUGCUCUCAAGCCUGAUCUGGAUAUCCUUCCGGGAGGGGAUGAGACUGAGAUCGGAGAGAAAGGCAUUAACUUAAGCGGAGGUCAAAAACAACGUGUAAGUGUGGCCCGCGCGUGCUUUACCGACUCAAAUCUGUAUCUAUUAGACGACCCAUUGUCUGCUGUCGAUUCACACGUCGGUAAAUAUAUAUUUGAAGAAGUAUUGGAUUCAAAAACUGGUUUUUUGAAAGACAAGACCAGAAUUUUAGUGACAAAUAGUUUGGCAUUUCUUCCGUCGACAGAUAAGAUAAUAGUAUUAAAAGACGGAGCCGUCAGUGAAACGGGAACUUUCAAUGAACUCAUUAAAUUUAACGGCCAUUUUGCUGAUCUUAUUAAACAAUAUUCAGCUAACAGUUUAAACAAAGAGGAAAAAGAAGUUGAAAAUCAAACAAAGAAAACAAAGUCGGGAACUAUUAAAGAGACUAAUAAUGAAAAGGCAAAGUUAGUUGAAGUGGAAAGGGCUGAAACUGGAAGAGUCAAGUAUUCGGUGUAUUUUCGAUACUUUAAGGCCAUCACAUGGUUUUGGUGUAUUAAUGUUGUGGUCAACUAUGGACUCAUGCAAGCGGCCACUGCCGCACAAAGUGUAUGGCUAUCUGAGUGGUCAACUAAUGAGAAUAACAAUGUUUAUUAUUUAAUUAUUUAUGGAGUGUUGGGAGUCAUACAAAUAUUUUUUGUAUCAUUCGGUUGGUAUGCACUGACCAAAGGGACGAUAAAAGCGGCAAAGUUUUUACAUUUAAAAAUGUUGGAACAGAUAAUGCAUUCACCGAUGAGUUUCUUUGAUACCACACCUUUGGGUCGGAUAUUAAACAGAUUUAGCAAAGAUGUCGAUACAUGUGAUCUAAUUUUGGCGCAAACUAUUAGAGUUUGCUUAACAUGUGGAUUUGCUACAAUUGCAACAAUUGUUGUUAUAUCUAUUGAAAUUCCUAUAUUUUUGGCAAUAAUAUUACCAAUAGCAAUUAUUUUCUACAUUGUCCAGAAAUUUUAUAUAACAACUUCUCGUCAAUUAAAACGUUUGGAGUCAAUCACAAAAUCUCCAAUUUAUGCUCAUUUCAGUGAAACAUUGACCGGUGUUUCCACUAUAAGAGCUUAUGGUGUCAAUAAACAAUUCAUUAAAGAAUCUGAUAAUAGACUUGAUUUGAAUAACCGAUGCUUUUAUCCCAAUGUUGCGGCCAAUCGAUGGCUAUCAAUACGUUUAGAAAUGGUGGCCAAUAUUAUUAUAUUCUUCUCAGCGCUAUUUGCAGUCAUUUAUAGGGAAAAGUUGGGCGCGAGUGAGGUCGGGCUCAUUGUCUCGUAUGCAUUAAAUACAACACAAAACUUAAAUUGGUUGGUCCGCUGUUUCUCCGAUUUGGAAACUAAUAUUGUUGGUGUGGAGCGCAUCUUAGAGUAUACUGACUUAAAGACUGAGGCCGAGUGGUAUAUAGAAGACACAGCGCCUCAAAGUGGUUGGCCUAUUGAUGGCAAUAUUGAUUUCGAUAACUAUUCCACCAAAUAUAGGGAAGGACUUGAUUUAGUUAUCAAACAAAUCAGUAUUAAAAUCAAUUCUGGAGAAAGGAUAGGAAUAGUUGGUCGAACAGGUGCUGGAAAGUCAUCUUUAACUUUAGCUCUCUUUCGACUAAUUGAAGCCACAGAAGGCAACAUAACAAUUGAUGGCAUCAACAUCAGUGACAUUGGUUUACAUCAAUUGCGAUCACGACUGACAAUUAUACCACAAGAUCCAGUACUCUUCAGUGGAACUAUUCGUCAAAAUUUAGAUCCUUUUAAUACAUAUACCGAUGAAGACAUUUGGAAAGCAUUAGAGUUAUCGCAUCUCAAAACAUUUGUUUCAACACUUGAAUCCACUUUAGAGUACAAAGUAUCUGAAGGCGGAGAAAACUUGAGUGUCGGUCAAAGACAACUCAUAUGUUUGGCACGAGCUUUGCUAAGACAUACCAAAGUACUCAUCUUAGAUGAAGCCACCGCUGCUGUCGAUCUCGAAACUGAUUCAUUGAUUCAACAAACUAUAAGAAAAGCUUUCGCCGACUGUACUGUACUGACAAUAGCUCAUCGAUUGCAUACAAUAUUAGACUCGACUCGAGUUCUUGUAUUGAAUGAGGGACGAAUCGCUGAAUUUGAUUCACCCGACAACCUGUUGGCCGACGAAAACUCAGUAUUUUAUUCACUGGCAAAGGACGCCGGAAUCAAAACAUGAUUUUAAAUUAAAAUUUUUAAUUUAAAUUAAAACAUAAU